GAGGAAGAAGAGGGAGCAGGGUGUUGCCGCCUCUGAGACACACUCACGCAUCACAGAGAAACAAGCAGCGCGGUGAGAACAGGGCGUCCCUCCGCUUCUCCUCCUGUUUGUGUUUGAAUCAUUGAAACCUGUUUCAAUUAUUAAACCUCGUCGGAGCUGAAGUGUUUGCGGAGAUAUAUACACACGCACACGCAGAAAGAAACGCGCACAUCGGGAGAGCGACCCCGCCGGAGAGCAGGGAGGGAGCUCAGUGAGGAAGCGGAGCGGUUCAGCACCUCGGACAGCGACCAUGGCUCCAGUGGUGGAGGAGGCGACUCAGCUCGUGGCAGUGCCAGUAGGAGUGGCCAUGGUGAGUGUCUUUGGCCUCGUCUUCACUGUUUCAGCCUUUGCGUGGAUCUGUUGCCAGCGUAAAAACACCAAAUCCCAGAAGACUCCUCCUUACAAGUUUGUGCACAUGCUCAAAGGGGUCGACAUCUACCCAGAGAGCCACAGUGGGAAGAAGAAGUUCGGCACUACUGCCUCCACAACGACCAACGACACAAGUAAAACCGAUGUCAACGGAAACUGCCACACAGUGGCACCAAUGAGUUCAACUGGCACCACUAAACUGGCGUCAAGUCCAAAUGGCUCCAGACCGGCCAUGCAUCUGGAUCUGGAGAAACGGGAUCUGAAUGGUAACUUCACCACCAAACCGUUUCACCACCACCACCAGAAGGUGCGGAGCUCCCCAGACCUGGAGCUGCCGUCUCCACAUGCAGGGUUCACCCAGCCCGGGUCAAUGGACCGCUGUGACAUCCCUUCACCAUCGAGCACCCUCUCCAGCCAGGCGCCCACCCCAGCUGUGGACAAGCCCCACGGGGAGGAGAGGGAGAGUGGGUUGGGAACACUGCACUUCUCCCUGGAGUACCAGCCAGAGAGGAAGGCAUUCAUCGUCCAUAUCAAGGAAGCCCAUGGCCUGACCCCGACUGAUGAACAGUCAAUGACCUCUGACCCCUACAUCAAGCUGACACUGCUGCCAGAGAAAAAGCACCGGGUGAAAACCAGAGUCCUGAGGAAGACUCUGGACCCCGCCUUUGACGAGACCUUCAGCUUCUACGGGAUCCCACUGGCCCGAGUGUCAGAGCUGGCCCUUCACUUCAUGGUGCUCAGCUUUGACAGGUUCUCCCGCGACGAGGUCAUCGGGGAGACCCUCGUCCCUUUGUCCGGGAUCGACCUCUCAGAAGGGCGUGUCCUGAUGAGCCGAGAGAUCAUCAAGAGGAAUGUAAAGAAGUCCUCCGGCCGCGGUGAGUUACUGCUCUCCCUGUGUUACCAGUCCACCACCAACACUCUGACUGUGGUCGUCCUCAAGGCUCGCCACCUGCCGAAGACUGAAAACAACGGACCCACAGAUCCGUACGUCAAGGUGAACAUGUAUCACGGAAAGAAGCGCGUUUGCAAGAAGAAGACCCACGUGAAGAAGUGCUCCCCAAACCCUGUCUUCAAUGAGCUUUUUGUCUUUGACCUGCCCUCCGACGAGGGCCUGAGAGACACCAGCGUGGAGCUGCUGCUGAUGGACUCAGACACAGGCAACUCACGCAGCCCCAAGACCGUCCUAGGGCGCCUGGUGCUGGGCACGUCUGCAGCCGGAACUCCUGGCGAGCACUGGAGGGAGAUCUGUGACCACCCGCGCCGCCAGAUCGCCAAGUGGCACGCCCUGUCGGAGGAUUAGAACACCACGAUCGUGGUGUAGAUACCCUAUCAGGUCCAUCUACGAGAGGGAUGGAAUGAGGAUGUGCAGGACUUGUCUUGCUAGCCAGUACCCAUUGGACUUUCAGAGAGGGCGGGUGGGAAAUAAGGGGGAGGGGAUUUUAAAGCUGUGGAAAGGGUCAUUUAACGUGAUGUCGUCAUUCAAUCAAUCAUUCAGUUGCUUAUCUUUGAAGUUAUUGGGGUUCACUGGGGAAGGCGGGGCAUGACAAGGGGAACCCAAUAGCUUUAAAGGAUCCCAAAGACUUUCACCGAAAAUCACCUGGUAACAUGCAACAUCAUCUCCAUGGCAACAAGCAAUUGUCACGUUAACCAUGUGCAGUGCAGAAUGUCUUAAAUGUCACUAUUACUCUUCUUCUUCUUUUUCUUCCUCUUCUGAUUCUUCUUCUUCUUCUCUUUCUGCUGCUCUUCCUUCCGUACAUAGUAACCUAGUCCAUCGUAUCAAAACCACACCUGACGAUGCUGUAAAAAAUGUUGAUUAUUAAAGUUUAUUUUGUAAUGAUAAUGUUUUCUUCAUAAGGAUGUAGAUUCUUUUUAUUUACGUUUUUUGUUUUGUACUCUUCUGGUUUAUUUGUUGAACAUAUUUUGUAAGUAUAAGUGGUAUUUCAUAGAUCAUUACAGGAAAGCCUAAAUUAGGUGGUUUGAGAAAAGCCCGGGACAGACUAAGUGCAUCGUAACUGUGGACGCAUUUUCUGUGUGUGUUUCGAUAUGAGAUUGAUUGUGCUGAGGCGACAGUGUGAGUGUGUGGGUGUGCGUGUUAGCUCUGGAAACACGAGAGCAACAUAAUGUUUACUGUAGGUGUUUUGUCCCCCUUACUGUGAGCACAAAGACAGCUGAAAUGUAAAUGUAUGUACCUUACUAUAAAAUAUGGCAAGUUCUGAGAAA